AUGCCUAAAACAAAGCAAACAAAUAUUGAGCGUAUAUAUCCGUUUAUAAGAAACGAAAUAAACAAUUCAGUGUCGAAUGUAAGAAAUAAUAUUAUCAGUUCCAAUAAUGUCCACACUGAUAUCAAGCCUAAAUUCCCUCCUAUAUUAACAACAGAUGAACUUAUUAAGAAUGCUAUUAAAUCCAACGCACCUAACAACAAGGUUAAAACACUUCCGAACGCUUUUAUCGCGUAUAGAAUGGCAUUACAAAAGGAGUAUCAUAAUAAAAACAUCAAGUUACCUCUAAUGAGUCAGUUAUCAAAAAUCGCAAAAGCUUCUUGGGAUGAAGAACCAGAAGACGUAAAAAAAUUUUACAAAAAUCUAACUGAGAAAGCAAGAACUCUGUAUAGUCAAAAAACUAUUCAAAUCGUAUUCGAUAAACAUAUGAAUGAAGUUGAAAAUUAUCAAGGAUGUGGGAAUGUUUCGCCUUUACAUGCGAUGGGUGUAACUUUUGAAGCAGAUUCGGAUAUUUCCUAUAAUAAUCAAACUAGAGACGUUGAGAAUAUGAUCCAUACGCAACAUUCAUCAAGUGGAUAUUCUACGAUUGAAAAUUCUACUUUCAGUACUAUGGAUCCUUGUUUUGGUAACGGAUCAACUAGCAUUCCUCAAGUUGGAACUUAUCCCAAACAUAACUUUUUAGAAGAUCCUAACAAUCAAGAGUAUAAGAAAAUGCUGGUGCAAUUGAGUUUUAAUUUAUUUAUACACGAAUUACGUCAAAAUUAUUUAUUUUAA